AUGGCUCCCCCCGUCGACAUCUCCAUUCCAACAACCAUCCUCUCCACCACUCCGAGUCCCUACACCCUUUACAAUAUCUCCAUCAGACUCCCUCUCCGCACCUUCACCAUCCAGAAACGCUACUCAGAUUUUGUCGCCUUUAACUCCUCGCUAACAAGCCAAGUGACCACUCCUCCGCCCGUCCCCUUGCCCGGAAAAUCUUGGUUUGUAAACACAAACUCCAACCCGACAUAUCGAGAGAAGCGCAGAGAGGGCCUUGAAGAGUAUCUGCGCGCCAUCAACGACGCUGAAAAUCCACAGUGGCGUAACUCAAACGCGUGGCGCACGUUCUUGAAUCUGCCCAGUGCUGCUCUAAGCAAUGGUUCCUCCCGCGCGUUAUCAGAUUUGCAUGCUGUUGCCACAACUCCCGGUGCGUGUGGUAAUGCAGCCCCUAUCACAGACCCAACAACGUGGCUAGAUUGCUAUCGAGAUGUCAAGUCACAACUGCACGAUGCCAGGCUUCACCUUACACGACGCGACCAGAGCUCUACUCCACAGAAACAACAUGAGAGCUCUGCGCAGGCGAAAAGCAGUCUUGUUCGGGCGGGGGUGUUGCUAACGGGCCUAGAUGAAGGAUUGAAGAAUCUAGGCGAUAAAUCUGCAUGGGACGGAAAUAAACUUGGCAGCGGUGAGCUUAGGAGAAGAAAGGACCUGCUGGCUAGUGCCCGGAAGGAAAAGGAUGGGCUAGAAAGCUUGCUAAACGCCAUGAUGACCAAGUCUAAGUUGGAUAGUGCUGUGGCCUCCGUUCAGGAUAAGGAAGCGCUUGUUGGAGCUUCAAAACCUAGGCCGGGCCGGGUGUUGGGCAAGGAGACGGAUCAGACGAGAGAGUUGGAUAAUCAGGGCGUUUUGCAGUUGCAGAAGCAGAUCAUGGAGAAUCAAGAUCUUAGUUUGGAGGAUCUACGCAAGGUCAUUGCACGACAGAAGGAGUUGGGGAUUGCGAUUAAUAAUGAGUUAGAGAUCCAGAAUGAGAUGCUUAGUAUGGUGGAUGAGGAUGUUGAGAGAGUUAACCGCAAGGUCCAAAUUGGGAAAAAGAGAAUAGGAAAUAUAUCCUAA